UUCUGAUUUUGUGGCAACUCCUGAUAGCCCCGCAGAGGAGAGAAGCAGUGAAGUGUAAUCUCUGAGCUAAUAAUGGUGCGUUCAAAAUAACUGGGAUCUCGAAAAAAAAUACGAGGAUAUAUCAUGACAUCUGUGAUCUUCAGGUCGGAAAGUGGGAGCUCUAGGAAGAGGCACGAUUCCACAUGUGAAUUUAGAGUUGGAUUACCGUUCAAAAUAUGUUUUCCACUCGGAGUUCGUUUUUUUCCUAGUUCAGUUGUCUUGAACAAACGGAUGUUGGAAGUAGGACACUACCGAGUUGAUUUGAACGCGGCAUAAGAACGGCGUCGCUGUAUCUCUCUAAUGUCAUCAUCUCUUUGGGGCAAGCUAUGGACACUGAAAAGCUGUAUGUAACCAAACACGUCUGGAGAAUGAACUGUUAUGAUGAUUGACAGAGCUCCAAUAUGGUGAAGGAGUUUGAGAGUGUGGAGCUGGGAGACAUGCGGAUGAAAAAGCAGAAGGUGCCCCGUAGAACGAUUUACUUUGCCAGUGGCGAGACCAUGGAGGAAUACAGCACAGAUGAAGAUGAGGAAGUGCAAGUUUCUAUCGCUGUUAAGACCUCAGCUGACCCGAGCAAGUUGAAUUGGGGUCCAUACUUUUGGUUUUACAUGUGGAGAGUGGCAACCUCCACUAUUUCAGUUUGUGACUAUCUUGGGGAGAGAAUGGCCUCAUUGUUCGGAAUUACCUCACCCAAGUACCAGUAUGCUAUUGACGAGUACUACAGAAUGAAAAAGGAGGAGGAGGAGGAGGAGGAGGAGAACCGGCUGUCUGAGGAGGCAGAACGUAAUUUUGAAGAGGAGCACAACCAGGAGAUCCAGCAGCCAGCCAUGGAGCAGCCGGAGGGCAAAGCCUCCUUUGUCAAUGUCAGCUUCGAGCUGGAUCAAGAUCCCACACCUGAUGCCAACAGAUUUCCUGCCCCCAUCCCCACCUAACAGUUCAAUUAAAUAGGUGUUUCCAUUUCUCAUUUCACGA